AUGACUUCCCCAUAUCAACCGCCCAUGUCCUUUUCGCCGUCCGUGCCCGCUGCGGAGAUGGCGGCGACUGGCUCGCGCCCUCUGGCCGACCUACCGCAAGCCCAAGUCGACGCCAUUAUCCGCACAAAACGGAAAGCCCGCGAGCCCAAGGCCUGUUAUCCCUGCCACGCGCGCAAGGUGAAAUGCGAUCGCAAUCUUCCCUGCGACGGGUGCGUCAAGCGCGACCACGCCGACCUGUGCUCCUACGAACGUCCGACCAAGAAACGCAUUUUAACCGGGGCGGUUCCCCCAUCAUAUCGCGACAGCCCCGGCGCUGGAUCGACGCCAAGCGGGUUCGAUAAUGUCGGGAUGCCUAGUUCGGGGGAUAACGGCGCCCGGAUUAAACAAGAACCGGGUCCUAGCCGGCCGCUCCCAGUGUCUAGUGGCGGACGAGUGUCAAUUGCGCGCGAAGAGUGGGAAAAUGUCCGGUCGCGACUCAAAGAAAUGGAGCAGACGAUCAGCACUCUUCGCGUGGGCCUUGAGAGAGCGGAGGAAACGCAGGCCUCGACGUUGGAAACGGGUAGUGUGCAGAGUGCCGAUGCGAGUAACCGGUCUAAGGGCGCUUCUCCUGAGCGUGAAGGCAUCCAUGCGCCGAAUACGCUCGGUGAAGGCACCGUGCAUCUCGGGUCCAGAUCCGUGCUGGCAUAUAUAUUAAACAAUAAAUCGGGGUCGGACCAGCUGCAGGCGCUCCUGGAAGGGGGCAUUCUGCCCAAGCUGGGGCUGGACAAUGAGUCGGCGACAUAUCCGUUCGUUGACUUAUGGUCAUCGGACAUGUCGACUUUUGAUAUCAGUGCUGUGUGCAAUGCGCUCCCGAGCGACCACCAGUGCAAGGAAUUCUUCUACUAUUAUCGAGACAUUGCAGGCGCUAUAUAUCCUGUUCUAGAGGACACUCGUCACUUUGAGAUGAAUCUUGAUCUGCUCCUGCAGAAUCGAGCCUCCAUGGGUGGCAUGUAUCGAGCCGAUGUUGACGGGGCUCAGCGACCAUUCGGUGUGACCAUUGCGUAUAUGGGCCUGUUGUUCGCCGUGCUGGCAUCAGGAUGCCAGUCGUCUGAUUUACCGGGCAAGGAGCGCGAAUUGACGUCUCAGGUUUAUGUGUGUUGCUCCUACCAAUGCCUUCGCAUGACCAAUUUCCUGUCCCAGCCGACCAUCGACGCCAUUCAAACUCUUCUUGUCAUCGGGAACGUGCUGUCCUAUAAUAUGAACCCUGGCAUUUCCUACGUUCUUCUAGGCAUGACUCUUCGAAUGGGACUGGCUCUCGGUCUGCAUGUUGAAUCCAGUCGGUUUUCAUCAGCAGAACGAUACCGCAGACGACACGCUUGGUGGUCUAUGGCGUGGCAAGAUAGCCAUUUCUCUCUCUCUUACGAUCGACCCUCGACGACCGCUGUCAGUCAGCCUGAGAUCGCGUAUCUCGAAAACUCAAAGCCUGGCGAACUGACUUACUUUGAAACCCUUUGUCGGGUGAUCGCCUUGGCCCUAGAGGUCGUGCGCAGCCGCAUGCUGAGCCCUCAUUCCCAGUUGAGCUUCAAGACCAUUCAGACCUACAAGGAAAGAAUUCAGCAAAUCAUGAUAGAGGCCACACCGUAUCUUCGCGACCGGCAAUACUGUGCAACCACAUCGCACCACUUGGAGCGGGUUGUCCUGAAAUUGCAUUCGUCAUAUUUCGCCUCUGAGCUCUGCCGGCCAGCGCUCAAGUCCUCUCCCGACACUAAUGACCCGGCCACUGCGCAGAUGCGCGCGGAUUGCAUUAGUAACCUGAUGACCACGGUUGAGGCGUAUGUGGAGAUGCAUUCCGUCAGCUCCCAUGCGUCACGUUCUUGGAUUGCCCUGCAACGGGCAAUAAGUUCAAUCUUUCUUCUUGCAGUCACAGAAGAGUCGAAGACGGAUCCCCGGUUUUGGACCCUUCUUCAACAGCUCAAAGUCAUUAUCGCCGAGCGCGCCAAUGCAGAAUUUAUUGGCGAUACCGCCACCGUGCCUGGAGUUGGUGGUCCUGUGGACUCCUCUUCCCCUGCAGUCACUGUGGAUACACAGACUCAGUGGGCGAAGCCAUUGACCAAAACUCUCCGAGCCCUAGAAAAGCUCGAGCAUGCAUUCGGCAACCAAGUCCAUGCAGUGGCCGGCACCCGCGGCUCUCCUGUCUACCUGAACCCUGCGGCAGGCUGGAAUGACCCCGAGUAUGGGGUCACUUCCGCCCCCGACGCCGGAAAGCUCGACCAGCGGCGAAAUGGACCAAUUUGA